GCUGUCCUAAGAUGGAAUCCCUUUACUCAGUAUUCUCCUGUCCAAUCAGGUGGAAUGUUUCACAGGCACAUGGUUUAUACAGCUCAAAAUAACUUGGGACCUGUGAGCUGACAAAUGCUCUGGCCCCGGUGGUGACAGGUUGUCCAGCUUCUUACAGCCAUCUUCACUGAAACUAAGGUUAACUCCUGAGUAUCUGUGGACGGCUUCUCUCUACUUCCAAGGGCGUGAAGAAUUUUCUUAUCCUCCUGUGCUUCCAUCUAGAGGUUCUUGGAUAAUUAUCAUCACGGUGGAGUACAUAGGUUGGACAUCCUCAUCUGGGUCAACUAAAAAAAGAAAGCAUGCAAGACGACAGCAUAGAAGCCUCUACUUCCAUAUCUCAACUUCUAAGAGAGAGCUAUUUAGCUGAAACUAGACAUAACGGAAACCAUGAAAGGAGUCUAGCAGAGCCUUCCUCAAAUCCUUUCCAUUUUGGCGGUCCUUCUAUAGCUGCUGAAGGAGGCGGAGGCCAAGAUGACCUUCCAGAUCUUUCAGCCUUUCUGAGCCAAGAAGAAUUAGAUGAAAGUGUCAAUCUGGCAAGAUUGGCCAUCAACCAUGACCCUUUGGAGAAAGCAGAUGAAGUUCAAACUAGAAAACGUCUGUCCUCUGAGCAGACGAAACGCCCAUCUAAAUCAAGUUUUGACCCUAAUUUCUGCCAAGAUAACUCUAGAAGUUCUGUUAACUCUAAUGAGAGCCAUCAGGAAGCAAAAAGACCACAAUAUAGCUCUGAAACCCAGUCGAAAAAAGUGUUCUUGAAUAAGGCUGCCGACUUCAUUGAAGAGCUGUCCUCCAUUUUCAAAGCUCAUAGCUCCAAAAGGAUUAGACCACGUGCUUGCAAAAACCACAAGAAUAAAUCGGAAUCUUCAAACAAAGUUGUGCAGGGAAAUAACUCCAGCUUCUCAGACCUAUCAGAAAGAAGAGAAAGAGCUUCUGUCCCCAUCCCUAUCCCUGCAGAUACCAGGGAUAAUGAAGUGAAUCAUGCCCUUGAACAACAGGAAGCUAAGAGACGUGAAGCCGAGCAGACUGCCGUUGGAGCAGCUGGUGGAGACACCAGUCCAGAGUCUUCACCGUCAUCUUUGUACUAUGAAGAACCUCUGGGGCAACCUCCUAGGUUCACUCAAAAGUUACGGAGCAGAGAAGUUCCAGAAGGCACCAGAGUGCAGUUGGAUUGCAUAGUGGUAGGAAUUCCACCACCUCAAGUAAGGUGGUAUUGUGAAGGCAAGGAGCUUGAAAAUUCCCCGGAUAUUCAUAUCAUUCAGGCAGGAAAUCUGCACUCCCUGACCAUUGCUGAAGCCUUUGAAGAGGACACAGGUCGCUAUUCCUGCUUUGCUUCUAACAUCUAUGGGACGGAUUCAACUUCUGCUGAAAUUUAUAUAGAAGGAGUUUCUUCUUCUGACUCAGAAGGGGACCUUAAUAAGGAAGAGAUGAAUAGAUUCCAGAAGCCAAAGGAGAUGCCACCCCCUCUCGCUACCUCUGCAGUCAUUCCUUCAGCAGCACCACAAGCCCAGAAUGUGGCGGUCCAGCCCACCGUGUCAACCCUCCAGCAGAGUCAGAGCCCUACCAACUAUUUGCAAAGCCUGGAUGGAAAGCCCAUCAUCGCAGCUCCCGUGUUUACAAAGAUGUUACAAAAUCUAUCAGCCUCUGAGGGCCAGCUGGUUGUUUUUGAAUGCAGAGUCAAAGGAUCCCCAUCUCCUAAAGUUGAAUGGUACAGAGAAGGAACCUUGAUAGAAGAUUCCCCAGAUUUCAGGAUUUUACAGAAAAAACCUCGAUCCAUGGCAGAACCAGAAGAGAUUUGUACUUUGGUCAUUGCUGAAGUGUUUGCAGAAGAUUCUGGAUGCUUCACAUGUACUGCAAGCAACAAAUAUGGUACAGUGUCAAGCAUUGCACAGUUAGAUAUAAGAGCAAAUGAGGACUUCAGCAAUCAUGGGUCUCUUCACUCAGCAAACUCCGGCAUCAACCUGGCUGCUUCUGGGCAUCAGCCCUCCCCACCCAACCCAGUGCCUCUAUCUAUGGAGCAGCCCCCUAAACCCAAACUUGAAGGGGUUCUGGUUAACCACAAUGAGCCCCGGUCCAGCUCGAGGAUUGGACUCCGUGUGCAUUUCAACCUUCCAGAAGAUGACAAAGAAAGUGAAGUAGCCUCCGAGAGUGGAGUGGUCAAUUCCAACCAGACCAGGCCCAAUUAUUUCCAGGAAAGAUUCAAUGGACAAACAACAAAAGUCUCAGAACCUUCUUCACCAAUCAAAGAACCCCCUCCAGUUUUGGCCAAACCCAAACUCGAUUCCAGCCAGCUACAACAACUCCACAACCAAGUCUUACUGGAACAACAGCAAUUGCAAAGUCCCUCUCCUUCAUCUCCAAAAGAGUUUCCUUUCAAUACAAGUAUUUUGAACUCCAUUGAGCCCUCUGCGGUGACAUCAACUGGCAAACCAGUGAAGACCCCUUCAGCACAGACAUUCAGUUUGGCCCGGCCAAGGCAUUUCUUCUCCACAAAUACCAUCCCAGCAACUGAGUCCCCGUCUAGUUCUCCAGUGUUCACCCUGAACAGCACUCCUCAAGCCAUUCAGAGGACAGUAAGCAAAGAAAACCUCUUCGCUUCUCACCCUUCUGUACAAACCAAACCUAUAGGAGGUGUUUCCAUCCAGAAUGAUCCACUCGCUCCAGCUCCAACAGAGCCAGCGCAAUCACCAUUUUCCAUCUCCGGUGGCAACCAGUUUCAGCCUCACUGUGUGUCCCCAACUCCUGUCUCUCCCACCAGCCGGAUUCAGAACCCAGUGGCUUUCCUCAGCUCGGUUCUACCUUCCCUCCCUGUCAUCCCACCCACCAACGCCAUGGGGUUGCCACGAAGCGCACCUUCCACGCCAUCCCAGGGACUAAUGAAGAAAAAUAGAAAGUCUCCCCAAGCAGUGAGUGAUGAUUAUAUUCGUGAAACUAAGAAUGCUGUAAUUCUAGACUUGGGGAAAAAAAUGAAUUUCGGUGAUGUUAAAUCAAAUCAACAGGAAUACAAAAUUUCAAAUUUUGAGCAGAGGCUGAUGAAUGAAAUAGAGUUUCGUUUGGAACGAACUCCUGUUGAUGAAUCGGAUGAUGAAAUCCAACAUGAUGAGAUCCCUACAGGCAAGUGCCUUGCUCCUGUCUUUGACAAAAGACUCAAACACUUCAGGGUCACCGAAGGCUCUCCAGUCACAUUCACCUGCAAAAUUGUUGGAAUACCAGUCCCAAAGGUUUACUGGUUCAAAGAUGGGACACAGAUUUCAAAGAAAAGUGAGCACUGCAAAAUGAGGCGAGAAGAAGAUGGGACUUGUUCUCUGUACAUUGACUCCACCACCAGUGAUGAUGAUGGUAACUAUACCAUCAUGGCUGCCAACCCCCAGGGGAGAAUCAGCUGUUCUGGACACUUGAUGGUUCAAAGUUUGCCCAUUCGCAAUAGACUAACAUCUGACGGCCAGUCUCACAGAGGAAGGUCCCGAAUGCAAGAAAGAGACAAAGAGCCCCUUCAGGAACGCUUUUUCAGACCACAUUUCCUGCAAGCUCCUGGGGACAUGGUAGCUCAUGAAGGACGACUCUGUCGACUGGACUGUAAGGUGAGUGGCCUACCACCUCCAGAGCUGACAUGGCUACUUAAUGGCCAACCGGUACUACCAGAUGCCUCCCACAAGAUGCUGGUCAGGGAGACGGGAGUUCACUCUCUACUCAUUGACCCACUCACGCAACGCGAUGCAGGAACCUACACUUGUAUUGCCACCAACAAAACCGGGCAGAAUUCCUUUACUCUGGAACUCACCGUAGUAGCCAAAGAGGUGAAGAAAGCACCUGUGAUUCUGGAGAAAUUGCAGAACUGUGGUGUUCCAGAAGGCCACCCGGUAAGACUGGAAUGCCGUGUGAUUGGCAUGCCUCCACCCGUGUUCUACUGGAAGAAGGACAACGAGACCAUCCCUUUCACCAGAGACAGGAUCAGCAUGCACCAGGACACAACAGGGUACGUCUGCCUCUUCAUUCAGCCAGCCAAGAAAUCAGAUGCUGGAUGGUACACACUGUCGGCCAAGAAUGAAGCCGGCAUCGUCUCGUGUACUGCUCGGCUGGAUAUCUACGCUCAAUGGCACCAGCAGAUUCCACCGCCCAUGUCCAUUCGGCCCAGUGGCAGCCGCUACGGAUCCCUCGCUACAAAAGGACUUGACAUUUUCUCGGCCUUUUCCUCUGUGGAAAGCACAAUAAUGUAUUCAUCCUCUUCUCGGAGUGUGGUAGAGAGCGAUGAACUUUAGGAAAACCUGGCUUCCUGCUGUGUAAAGAGGUGGACUGUGGAGGAGGAAGGGCAUCUCCACAAGUUGAAUUUCAAGCAACAGGAUUUGAGUAAGUUCCCACACUGCUGGACCAGUAGCAACAAGUGCUUUGAAUAAGUUAGCUGGAA